AGGUAGCUUCAUACAUACAUACAUACAUACGCUGCAUAAUCUGCUCCCUCACCUCGUUCCUCGCGCUCUCUCUCUCUCUCUCUUUCCUUGAGAAACAAGCCACAGUCACAAUCGAUCUACUCUCUGAUCUCUCCUAUAGUACAAUGGUUAUUGUCGAGAGCUUCAGCCAUGGGGAGCCAGAAACGCCGCGUUUCAGCGACGACCUUGCCUCAGGCUCAGCUUCCUCCACGCCGUUCGCCAGCGCUCCGUCGAGCCCCGGCCGUGGUCCACCGCCUGGCUAUUUCUUCAGCGCGCCGUCGAGUCCGAUGCAUCAUUUCUUCUUGUCCUCUGCCGCUGCUGCUCCGUCGGAGGAGAAUCCGAAGCUCGAUUCUUCGUCUUCUUCUCCUGGCGACUUCGAGUUCGAUUUCUCGUCUCGGUUGUCUUCAAGCAGUGGCGGUGGUCCUCUAGGCGGCGUACCGAUGACCUCCGCGGAGGAGCUCUUCUCCAACGGCCAGAUCAAGCCGAUGAAGCUCUCUUCCCACCUCGAGAAGCCUCAGGUCCUAGCGCCGCUUCUAGAUCUUGAAACCGAGGAAGAAGACGGUAGGCGUGGGAGGGAUCUGAUGAAGCUGAGAAGCAGAUCUGUUCACCGCAAAGCGAGAUCUCUCUCUCCUCUCCGAAACGCAGCGUAUCAAUGGAACGAAGAGGAGGAAGAGGAGGGAGGGAGUGAGGUGAAGGAGUGUAUACGGAAGCUACAAGAAGAUUACGAGACUAAUAAUAAGAGUAACGGAAACGUGACGUCAGCCGAAACGACGCCGUCUUGUUCCGCUUCUUCUUCACGGUCGUCGUCUUACGGAAGAAACUCGAAGAAAUGGAUCUUCCUCAAGGAUCUACUUCACCGUAGCAAAAGCGAAGGGAGUGGAAAGGGUAAGGAGAAGUUCUGGUCCAACAUCUCCUUCUCUCCUUCAAGUCUCAAAGAUAAGAAACUCAAAUCAGAGGACGCAGCCAAGAAGCAGAAAGAGAAGCAACCGUCGCCGGCGAAAAAGUCUCCGACGGCCGGAAAACCGACGAACGGAUUAAGGAAGCGGCGAGGGUUGCAGCCGUCGGCUCACGAGCUGCAUUACACAACGAACAGAGCUCAAGCAGAGGAGAUGAAGAAGAGGACGUACUUGCCCUACAGGCAUGGACUCUUCGGCUGUUUAGCGUUUAGUUCAAAAGGUUACAGCGCCUUGAACGGUUUGGCCCGAAGCUUAAACCCGGUUUCGUCCGGUUAAAGUUUGUGUUGUGUUAUAGAUUUAAUUAUUGUUGGUAAGCAAAUGUUUAUGUAUAGAUUAUGGAUUCAAUAAUCCUCAAGUUAUGAAUAUGUAAGAUGAUCACUGCAACUCUAUGUUCUCUUAGAUUACUAUGAUUCUCUGUUGUUCUUGUGAAUCAUUUCGGAAUCUAAACUUUUACAGUGGUGUUGUAAUAGUUUUUUGUUAUUAUUCUCAUGUCCAAGAAGUUAAGAAACAACAAUGGUUGUAGGGU